AUGGUCCAGGGGAACCUCAGGCAGUUUGAGCUGGACUUCCCCCUCAUAAAGGAACGAGCCCAGCUGGAGAAUGCCCCGUUUGAUGACACCCCCAACUGCCCUCCUGCUGACCAGCCCUCUGAGAAGAGGGAGACCACCAGCGCUGAACAGGCCCAGGACCCUCAGCUGACCCACACCAUCACUGACAUGAAGGUGAAGUUCACUGACCUGGAGAGAGAGCUGGUCCAACUGAGAGAGCUCUUCAGCCAUCAGCUGAGGAAGGAGGAGGUCCACAUCCCCAGCACAGAGCUGAGCAGACUGAGACCAGACAGAGAACAGGACCAGGCUGAGCUUAGCAGACUGAGGACAGAGAUCAGGGUGCUGCAGCAGCACCAGGAGAGUCACAUAGCAGCACUGAGCACCCUGACAGAGGAGGUGAAGGAGCUGAGAGAGGAGCAGAAGCUCCAGGACAGAGGUAGACUCCUCCCAGGACAGCUGGAAUCACACCCAGACCACAAGCAGGACGCUGGGAGCCCAACCCAGAAUCACCACGACCAAGAAACUUCACCCACCUAG